AUGGACGCUGCUCUGGAGUCCGGGUCUGAAGUGCCCUUGCUCCUGGUGACUCCGCAGCCCGAGGUGCUGGAGGAGGUGCUCCACCAGUUUUUUGGCCCACUGCCCCAGAUGGCCGCCAUCUGCAGGCUCAAGCGCCUGCCCUCCGGCGGCUACUCGUCCACCGAGGACCUCGGCUUGGUGUUGGAGCGUCGGCGUGUGGCCAACGCCAAGGAGCGCGAGCGGAUAAAAAACCUCAACCAUGGUUUUGCCAAGCUGAAAGCCCUGGUGCCAUUUCUUCCCCAAAACAGGAAGCCUAGUAAAGUUGAUAUCCUUAAGGGUGCAACUGAAUAUAUACGAGUUCUCAGUGAUGUUUUGGAUAGAGCCAAAGACUCGGAGAAACAGGACCCAGAUAUGCAGAACCACAGCAACAAAACUUCUGAUCCACAUAUGUCCUUGGCUAUAGAGCUGUCAAGAAAUAGCCAACAUACCAGCAAUGCCAUUGUCUUGAAGAGUGAAGAGGAAGGGCCCUGGCCGUGGUGA